AUGUUGCGUUUUUCUCGUUGCCUCGGCUUCUCACCAAUCAGAGCUUACCACUCCACCCACCACACGGCGUCCAACGUCAUUGUCAACGCCAAAACUCCCGAAGCAAUUCUACUUUCCAAGGCCAUCGAACAUGUUCCGACUCUCGGCUUUUCCAGAGCGAGUAUUGACGCUGCUGUUCAGGACUUGGGAUACCUGGACUCCAUUCAGAGCGUUGUGACCGCCUCGUCCACACAUAGCCCGGAAUAUUCGCUCGUUUUGUUCUGGCUCAAAUUGCAACGUCAAAAGUUGUACGACGAAGUGUUGAACCCACAACUGGACUUCCACGCUGUCAAGGACGAGUACCACCGUGUUCUGUACUUGAUAAACAAGAGAUUGCUGUAUAAUGCACCUAUCAUUGGCCUGCUUUCAGAGGCAUUGGCCCAGCUUGUGGUUCCAUACAACUGGGGCACUUCAUUGGAGGAACUACAUAACUUGAGUGACGAUGUGGCAUUCUACGCGGGAGACAUGUCGAAUGACUCAGCAUGGUACGCCAAAAGACUUCUGUUUUCCUCCAUCUACGUGAAAUCCGAGUUGUACAUGCUCCAGGAUUCCAGUGAUAAUUUCGAAAGAACCCGCCAAUACGUCGACUCGAGUGUGGCUAGUGUCAAGGCUGCAGGUGCCUCCUAUAAUGCCGUGGAACAAUGGACGUUUUUCAAUGCCAUCUCUUUGGUGAAUUUGAUUAAGUCUCAAUUGGCCAGAGGCUAG